CUGAUAGGGCUACUACUCUUGUGCUCUUUUAAAUCUCAUAAAUUUUAACGUAAAACAAAAACAAGUACGAGGACGAGAUAAAUUUGUGAUCAAAAAAGAGUCCUGGGACUCGGCAUUCCUAUAUAAUAAGUAAUAAUACUGAGUGAAAAUAUGUACAGUACCAGCGAUGCAGACGGCGGAGGAGGAGAUGUUCGUAAAAACGAAAUUGAAAUGUGCCAACACCUGGAUCAUCCUUCAAUUUCCCCUUCUACUCCACAAAAAUCUUUGGACAAGUCAAAACAGUUGGUUCAAAUUGAUCUACCGGAACGUGGAUCUUGGUCUUCGAAAAUGGACUUCAUACUAUCUGUGGUCGGACUAGCCAUUGGCUUGGGCAAUGUAUGGAGAUUUCCAUAUUUGUGCUACAAAAAUGGUGGAGGCGCCUUCAUAUUGCCAUAUAUAUUGACUUUAUUCUUGGCCGGAAUACCGAUGUUUUUUAUGGAGCUAGCUUUAGGUCAGAUGUUGACCAUAGGUGGUUUGGGUGUAUUUAAAAUUGCACCAAUAUUUAAAGGAAUUGGAUAUGCUGCUGCCGUCAUGUCCUGUUGGAUGAAUGUCUAUUACAUUGUCAUUCUGGCCUGGGCAGUAUUUUAUUUCUUCAUGUCAAUGAAAACGGAUGUCCCCUGGAGAUCUUGCAACAAUUGGUGGAAUACCGUCAACUGUGUUAGUCAAUACGAACGAAAAAAUCUAAAUUGUUGGGAUAAAAUAAUAAAUGGAAGCAAAAAAGUCUGCACUGUAGCUGCUGCAAAUAUUACAUCCUCUGAACUUACAGAUCCAGUUAAAGAGUUUUGGGAACGUCGCGCACUUCAAAUAUCGCAUGGCAUUGAAGAAAUUGGUAAUAUUCGUUGGGAAUUGGCCGGAACUUUGCUGCUUGUGUGGAUUCUAUGUUAUUUUUGCAUUUGGAAGGGUGUUAAGUGGACGGGAAAAGUUGUAUAUUUUACAGCUCUAUUCCCUUACGUUUUGCUGACUGUCUUACUGAUUCGAGGCAUAACCUUGCCUGGUGCCUUUGAGGGUAUUAAGUUUUAUGUGAUACCUAACUUCACCAAGUUGGGUCACUCGGAGGUCUGGAUUGAUGCUGUAACUCAAAUAUUUUUCUCCUAUGGCUUGGGACUUGGUACUCUGGUGGCUUUGGGAAGUUACAAUAAAUUUACCAAUAAUGUUUACAAAGACGCCUUAAUAGUCUGCACAGUAAAUUCAAGCACAAGCAUGUUUGCUGGGUUUGUAAUAUUUUCGGUCAUUGGAUUUAUGGCUCACGAACAGCAGCGACCAGUUGCCGAAGUGGCAGCAUCAGGUCCUGGGCUUGCGUUGGUAUAUCCAUCAGCAGUAUUACAAUUACCAGGGUCUCCCAUGUGGUCUUGUUUAUUCUUUUUUAUGCUUUUACUUAUCGGCUUGGACUCCCAAUUUUGUACAAUGGAGGGUUUUAUAACAGCAAUUAUCGAUGAAUGGCCACAACUAUUAAGAAAACGAAAAGAAAUAUUUAUUGCAGUUGUCUGUGCUCUAAGUUACUUGGUUGGAUUAACCUGUAUUACUCAGGGCGGCAUGUAUAUAUUCCAAAUAUUGGAUUCAUAUGCUGUUAGCGGCUUUUGCUUGCUUUGGCUCAUAUUUUUUGAAUGCGUUUCUAUAUCAUGGUGUUACGGCGUCGAUCGUUUCUAUGAUGGUAUCAAGGAUAUGAUUGGUUACUAUCCAACAGUUUGGUGGAAGUUCUGUUGGUGCGUCACCACACCAGCUAUAUGUGUGGGCGUAUUUUUCUUUAACAUUGUUCAAUGGACGCCUAUAAAAUACCUGGAUUAUAGCUAUCCAUGGUGGGCGCAUGCCUUUGGUUGGUUUACAGCGUUAUCAUCGAUGCUCUAUAUACCAGUAUAUAUGUUUUGGUUAUGGAAACGUACGCCUGGUGACCUUAGUGAGAAAAUCCGUGCUAUUGUGCGGAUAGAUGAAGAUGUAUCCCGUUUACGAGAGAAAAUGCAAAGGGAAGCAUAUGCUAAGGAGGUUGAUUUCUCAUUAUAAAUAUUUAUUUAUCCUAAGUUUACUUAUAGAAAAUAUUAAGAUUACUACUUCGUUUAGCAUUUUAUAUUCAUGUAAUCAUAAAUUGGUCAAUUUAUGUAAACUUGUGUUGUCUCCUUGAUAUUUUUGGAAUCAAUUUAUUCUGUUUUUGAUCUUAAUAGCUUCUUAAAAAAACCUUUCAACUAGUCUAAAAAAUCAAGGGUUUUAAGUGUUUUUUAUGGAGUACUUACUCAAAUAGUAGAACAACGUUGACCCCAUAUCCAAAGUGAUAAGAAUAUUCAGCUUGUAAACAAAUUAAUAUCUACACGUGAGAAAUUUUAUCAUUGUUUCGUCUGCAUGCAUCCAUUAUACGUUCUUAAUUAAUCAAAGUCCUGUUUUCAUCCAUUAGUUUAGGCUAAAAAAAAAAUUAAUCCAAAAUAAAAACUUGUAAUACCGAAUCGCAAGAAUUUAAAUAAAAUAAGUCAUUCUUGGACUUUGUUUAGUUGUUUUAUAAACUUUUGUAAUAACUUAUAAUAAUUAUUUAAGGAUAAUUUGAACAAAAGAAUAAUGAGAAACCGUAAUUCAAAUGUAAUAUAAAACAUGUCUUUAUAUUUACCUAUAUAAUACAUAAUAUGCGUAUAGAGUUUCAGAGAGUUUCGCUUAUCAUACCAUAAGAAUGUCCCAUUGUUGCUUUGUUGUGUCAAAUAAAAUAA